CUCUGGAAUUGAGGAUACAGAUUCAAAGACUGGAGCUUUCUCAAGGAAACCCACACCCAUUUGAAACUGGAGAUGCUGAAAAUGAUGGGGAAAACGUCUUAUCCUUCUUCUAAUUCUUAUUGCAGCAAUAGCAGAAGAGGUACGCCAUUUCUUCACUCUACUCCUGCUGUUGUUGUUGCUGCUGCUCUGUUUCAUUCUCAAUCAAAGGCAACCAAAUCUGGAGAAACCCAUCUUGUGAGAGACCCUCACCCUCACCCACCUUCAAACCCCAAAGUUGAGGAUGCCUUGAAGGUGUUCCAUGAAAUGCUUCGCUCGCGUCCUCUGCCUUCUUCUGUUAUCCCUUUCAAUCAAAUCUUGACUCAACUUGUCAAAUUGAAACACUAUUCUGCAGUCAUCCCUCUCUUUAAACAAAUGCUUCUGCGUCGAAUUGUUCCUAAUGACUAUACCCUAAACAUUGUCAUCAAUGGCUACAGUCAUUUGAAUCAAAUGGGGUUUGGUUUAUCUGUCCUUGCAAAAUUCUUCAAAUUGGGUCUUCAACCAAAUGUUAUUACCUUCACCACUCUGAUCAACGGCUUUGUUCUCCACAAUCAAGUGCCUGAGGCUGCACGAAUUUUCAGACAAAUGCUGCAGGCAGGUCACUGUAAGCCCGAUGCGGUUACUUUCGGCACACUAAUAAAGGGACUUUGCAUGAGGGGUGACAACAGUGCUGCCAUUACUUUACUUCGGAAGAUGGAAGAAACAGGAUGCCAGCCUAACGUAGUUUCCUAUAGCACCAUCAUCGACAGUCUUUGCAAGGAUACACUAAUCGAUGAAGCAAUGAACCUCUUCUCAGAAAUGAUUAGUAGAGGUAUUGCUCCAAACGUUGUUACUUACACUUCUUUGAUUCAAGGAGUUUGCAAUAUAGGCCGGUGGAAACAAGCUACAAGGUUGCUUCAUGAAAUGGUGAGUAAAGGUAUCUUUCCAGAUGUAGUCACCUUCAGUGUCUUGGUUGAUACACUUUGCAAGGAAGGGAUGGUCGUGGAAGCCAAAACUGUGGUUCAAAUGAUGAUUCAAAGACAUAUUGAACCUAAUAUCAUCACGUAUAAUUCCCUUAUGGAUGGUUACUGUCUGCGAGGAGAAAUGGACGAGGCAAGACAAGUUUUUGAUCUUAUGAUUAGCAAGGGCUCCAUGGUUAAUGUUCGGAGUUGUAGCAUAUUGAUUAACGGAUAUUGCAAGGGUAAAAAGAUCGAUAGGGCUUACAAGAUUUUGAAGGAAAUGCGUCUUAUGGAACUUGUUCCCGAUACUGUUACUUAUACCACUCUUAUUGAUGGUCUUUGCAAAGCGGGGAGAAUUCAAGAAGCAGAAAAGCUCUUCUCUCAGAUGCAACGUUGUGGCCAACAUCCAGAUGUUCAAACUUAUGCUGUUUUACUUGAUGGCCUGUGUAACAACCGGCAACUUUCUACGGCAAUAGAAUUGCUUAAAGAAAUGGAAGCCAACAAAGUAGAACUUAAUAUUGUAGUUUACACUCUUGUUAUUGAAGGUUUGUGCAAAGCUGGAAAAAUUGAAUCUGCUAGAGAUCUCUUCUGUGGUUUGUCAUCAAAAGGAGUUCAGCCUAAUGUGAGAACAUAUGAUAUAAUGAUUCGUGGACUUUGUCAUCAGGGCCUAUUAAUUGAAGCAGAAAACUUGCUGAGAGAAAUGGUUGGGAAAGGCUGUUCUCCAGAUGGUUGCACCUAUAACACCAUUAUCCGAGGGUUGUUAAAUAACAAUGAGACAUCAUGGGCCACGAGACUUCUUCAAGAAAUGCUUGAGAGGGGUUUCUCUGCAGAUGCAUCAACUAUGGAAUUGAUUGUUGAUUUAUUGUCGAAGGAUACGGUAGAUCCUGGUUUAUUAGCAUUGCUUAAAGAUUCAGUCUGAAGGUAUUUGAAUGUUUGAAAUAAAUCUUUUUCAAUAUCACUAGGAAAUUCAGAAAUUCAAAAUUAUUGCCCUCUUAGCAACUUUGGAUGUUCUGUCAAUCUGAUUUAUAAAUCCAUCAUCCAAACACAAUGUCAUUUCCUUGUUGCACUCCAAAUGUAGCACUUAUUUUUUCUUUAAUAUUGUGUGUGUGUGUAAACAUUUGUCUCUGGCAACAAGUAUAUCUGAUUUCUCAUUCAACUGGUAGACAAA